CCGAGGGGCGGGCUGGGACUGGCCAAGCGGCUGGAACCGGGCCUCUGCCACCAGAGGCCGGUGAAAGCUGUCUUCCUGCGCCGGUGGCCGGUUAAGGGUCGGCAGGAGAGAUCGGUUCCUCCGCUGUGGCCAUGCCUGUAUCCUCUAGGGGCGGUAGCCCCACGAAGUUGCAGCCUCAGGCCAGGCACGGCUGGACACUCAUAUCCGCCCAGGGGUCUGGCAGAGGGCAGUGACUGGCACCCUCGGUAGGUCGUGUGUUCCCCCAAGAAACAGACGGCCCAGAGGGUCAACGCCAAAGGCCAAAGGUGAAGCACCGUCAGAACGGCAAGGAGGCUCAAGGUACCAUGCUGGGGACACUCAGAAACUCUGGGCUCCUUUAAUGGAAGCACAAAAGGCAUACUGACAGAGUGGGUCCUCGGGACAGAGUGAAGCUGGUGUAGAACUUGUUUGGAUCUUUCAGCCAGAAGUACAAGACCACAAAGAGGGGCAUUAUGCAGACCUAGGAGGACGGUCCAAAAGAUGGCUGCUGACAUGCAGAGGAAGAGAAGCAGCGAAUGCCCCGAUGGCACGUUGGCUCCUUCCGAUGGCCAAGGUGUUGAGAGAGCUGAAAGCCCCACACCAGGACUGACACAGGGAACAGAGCCAGGUGCGGGGCAGGAGGGUGCCAUGUUUGUCCAUGCACGUUCCUAUGAAGACCUGACAGAGUCAGAAGACAGGGAAGCUUCUGGGGACAGCCCCAAAGAGUAUGCUGGGAGUCCCCCGCCACUGCCUACAGACAUGCGCCAGAUCAGCCAGGACUUCAGCGAGCUAAGCACCCAACUGACAGGGGUGGCCCGUGACCUGCAGGAGGAAAUGCUGCCAGGAAGCUCUGAAGACUGGCUAGAGCUCCAGGGGGCAGCCGGAGGGCCAGCCACAGAGCCCUCUCAAGAGGGCACAACUGAAGGGGAUGAGGAGGACGCUACCGAGGCAUGGCGCCUCCACCAGAAGCAUGUGUUUGUACUGAGUGAGGCAGGGAAGCCCGUGUACUCUCGCUAUGGGUCUGAGGAAGCACUUUCCAGCACUAUGGGUGUCAUGGUUGCCCUGGUGUCCUUCCUGGAGGCAGACAAGAAUGCCAUCCGCUCCAUCCAUGCAGAUGGCUACAAGGUAGUAUUCGUGCGCCGGAGCCCUCUGGUGCUGGUGGCGGUGGCCCGCACACGGCAGUCGGCCCAGGAGCUGGCCCAGGAGCUACUGUACAUCUACUACCAGAUCCUGAGCCUUCUAACUGGCGCGCAGUUGAGCCACAUCUUCCAGCAGAAGCAGAACUACGACCUGCGGCGCCUUCUCUCAGGCUCGGAGCGAAUCACGGAUAACCUGCUGCAGCUAAUGGCUCGAGACCCCAGUUUCCUGAUGGGCGCAGCGCGGUGCCUGCCCUUGGCAGCGGCAGUGCGGGACACGGUGAGUGCCAGCCUGCAGCAGGCACGUGCUCGCAGCCUGGUCUUUUCCAUUCUGCUGGCCCGCAACCAGCUGGUGGCGCUAGUGCGCCGCAAGGACCAAUUCCUGCAUCCCAUCGACCUGCACCUGCUUUUCAACCUCAUUAGUUCCUCCUCAUCCUUCCGUGAGGGCGAGGCAUGGACCCCCGUGUGCCUGCCAAAGUUCAAUGCGGCCGGCUUCUUCCACGCACACAUCUCUUACCUAGAACCUGACACCGACCUUUGCCUGCUGCUAGUCUCCACCGACCGUGAGGACUUCUUUGCGGUCUCUGACUGCCGCCGCCGCUUCCAGGAACGCCUUCGAAAGCGGGGAGCCCACUUGGCCCUGCGGGAGGCGCUGCGCACGCCUUACUACAGCGUUGCCCAAGUGGGCAUCCCUGACCUUCGCCACUUCCUCUAUAAGUCAAAGAGCUCAGGACUCUUCACCAGCCCUGAGAUUGAGGCCCCGUACACCAGUGAAGAGGAGCAAGAGCGGCUGCUGGGCCUCUACCAGUAUCUGCACAGCCGCGCUCACAAUGCCUCGCGCCCACUCAAGACCAUCUACUAUACAGGCCCCAAUGAGAACCUCCUAGCCUGGGUGACAGGUGCCUUUGAGCUCUACAUGUGCUACAGCCCACUGGGAACCAAGGCAUCAGCUGUCAGUGCCAUCCAUAAGCUGAUGCGAUGGAUCCGAAAAGAGGAAGACCGGCUCUUCAUCCUCACACCCCUCACCUAUUGAGGGAAGUGGGAAGGCACACUGGGCGUGGGAAGCCAUGGGAGCCUCCAGGUGAGGCUGGCUUCUCCUGCCCAGCCAGCAGGCAGGGACUGUGGGUUGGUACAUUAAAGUGCUUUGGGAAAGACA